GGGCUUUUUUCCCCUGCUGUCCUCCAAGGUCAUCGUUUAGCAUCAACUACAGCCAGUCUCAAAAGUGAGACUGAAGUGGACACGAGGGAAAAUGAGGUUGUUGCCCCAGACUUCACUAACAGGAAUCCUCGGAACUUGGAGCAGUUGGCCGUGGCUAGGAAGGAGCGUGGCUGGAAGACAACGUGGCCAAAGCGUGAGUUCUGGCAUAGAUUGCGGCUGGAGCGGACGCAGCAUUACGUGGAAGCCUUUGUUGAGCGCUGCAAUGGGGAUGUUGUGGUAUCUGCCUCCACCCGGGAGUGGGCCAUAAAGAGACACUUAUACAGUCCCAAGGGAGUAGCUGCAUGCAAAAACCUCGGCCGCGUGAUGGCACAGCGCUGUUUGGAGGCAGGCAUCAACUUUGUGAACUUUAAAGCCGUUAUCCCCUGGGAAUACCGUUGUGACUCGAUUCAGGAAUUUGAAAAAGCUAUGGAGGAGGGAGGUGUCGUCCUGCGUGAGCCACGAAGAAUCUAUCGAUGA